AUGGAGGAUCCGAUAGAAACACGAAACUCCAAUCUUUCUACUUCCAUGUGUAGCUAUGAGAAUUUACCAAACCAUGAAGUAGCUAUAGUCAUGGUUCCAUUUCCAGCACAAGGCCAUCUCAAUCAACUUCUUCAACUUUCCUGUUUAAUCUCCUCAUCAUAUGAUCUUCCUGUCUAUUAUGUUGGCUCAGCUACUCAUAAUCGUCAAGCUUUGCUUCGAGCUAACGCUUUAAAUCCUUUAGACAUAGCCAAAAUCCACUUCCAUGACAUUCCACUUCCUGAAUUUGCCUCACCUCCACCUGACUUUAAUGCCUUGAGCAAAUUCCCAUUACAUCAUCAGCCAUUAUGGGAUGCAUCUUUGCUUCUUCGCAAGUCCAUUGCUUCCUUUUUACGUGACAUCUCCUCAAAAUCGAGACGAGUCAUUGUUGUUCAUGAUUAUUUUAUGUCAUAUAAUGUUCAGGAUGUUUCUUCCUUUCCCAAUGCUGAAUCCUAUAUAUUUAAUUGCAUUUCAGUUAUCACUUUGUACUGUUCUUUAUGCUUAUUUAGUGGAAAGUCUAUCCAACUUGGAGAAGAAUUGCUUAAAAAGCUACCACCCCUUGAAGGAGCUGUGCCUGAUGAAGUCAAGAACUUUAUGGAUUUUCAGAGUCCAUAUGUGGAUAUUAAAUCAGGUGAUAUCCAUAAUACAAGUAAAGUAAUUGAAGGUGAGUUUCUUGAUUUGCUGGCACAAGUAGAAAGUAAACAACAGUGGGCAAUUGGACCAAUUCUGCCUAAUGAAAGAGACAUGGAGGAUCCGAUAGAAACACGAAACUCCAAUCUUUCUACUUCCAUGUGUAGCUAUGAGAAUUUACCAAACCAUGAAGUAGCUAUAGUCAUGGUUCCAUUUCCAGCACAAGGCCAUCUCAAUCAACUUCUUCAACUUUCCUGUUUAAUCUCCUCAUCAUAUGAUCUUCCUGUCUAUUAUGUUGGCUCAGCUACUCAUAAUCGUCAAGCUUUGCUUCGAGCUAACGCUUUAAAUCCUUUAGACAUAGCCAAAAUCCACUUCCAUGACAUUCCACUUCCUGAAUUUGCCUCACCUCCACCUGACUUUAAUGCCUUGAGCAAAUUCCCAUUACAUCAUUAG